AGUCGUCAUAAUCAAAACACCGUCGACUUUGCGUCAAGUUUUUGCAUUUUGGAAAGUUUGUAUGUAAUGAGAAACCUUAAAAUACAAAGCUUAUUUUUGAGCUGCUAGGGUAAAAACUCUCGGAUUUUGUAAAUCCCUUGAUUGACUUAUCUCAUCUGUGAGCACAAUAUGGAACAAAAACUGGCGACGGAGGUGCCGAGCAGCCUGAAGCAACUGGCCAGGCUGAUCGUCCGUGGCUUCUACUGCAUUGAGGACGCCCUCAUCAUAGACAUGCUGGUGCGAAAUCCGUGCAUGAAGGAAGACGACAUUUGCGAGCUGCUCAAAUUUGAGAGGAAAAUGUUGCGAGCAAGAAUCAGCACGCUGAAGAACGACAAAUUCAUCCAAGUGAGACUGAAAAUGGAGACGGGCCCUGAUGGCAAGGCGCAGAAAGUCAAUUAUUAUUUCAUAAAUUAUAAGACAUUCGUAAAUGUAGUGAAAUACAAAUUGGAUCUAAUGCACAAGAGAUUAGAGACUGUCGAGAGAGACGCCACAAGCAGGGCCAGUUUCCGAUGUCCCGAAUGUUGCAAAACCUUCACAGACUUGGAGGCUGACCAGCUCUUCGACUUCAUGACUCAAGAAUUUAGGUGCACAUUUUGUAAAGCGCUUGUGGAGGAGGACCAGUCUGCCCUUCCCAAGAAAGAUUCUCGACUAAUGCUUGCUCGCUUCAACGAGCAGAUGGAGACGAUUUACCUCCUCUUGAAGGAGGUUGAGGGCGUCCGACUGGCACCAGAAGUUUUGGAACCUGAGCCGACCGAGUUGAGCACAAUUUUGGGCAACAAAUCUGUUGUCAACGGACCGAGACCGCCACUCGAUGGAGAGGCCUGGUCCGGAGAGUCGACCAGAGAAAAAGGCUUCCAGGUGGAAGAAGCGCGGGUUGAUGUUUCGAUCGACGAUAAUGAGGACAAAAAUGACAAGGCCAACAAGAAGGAGAGACCUGUUUGGCUGGUCGAGAGUACCAUUACUCAGAAUGUGGUGCUAGAGCCGGAUGCGAAUGAGGUUGUUGAACCAACCACAACUGAGAAGGUCAAAGGCCAGGAGGACAUCAUGUCAGUCCUAUUGGCCAAUGAAAAGAAAUCCGACUCUUAUUCCCAGGCACAAAAGCCAGAUGAUAGCGGUUCUGACAUGAGCGGGGACGAGGGCGCCUCGAGAAGUCUCGGAAUGCCCACAAAUCUUCUUAAUGAUGAAGAAGCAGCUGUGAUGAGUGAUGACGAAGAUGAUGACGACAACUCGUCUCCGACAGUGUUAGUUAACGGCAGGCCUGUCGCCCUUUUGGAGGUCAAUGACACAGUCAUAGCAAAGAUGUCUGCUGCCGAGAAGGAGGCCUACAUUCAAGCCUAUCAAGAAUAUUAUUCCCACAUUUACGAGUGAUUUAAGAAAUGUAUUGUGUUGAACUGAUUCGUUGCCAGAGUUUGGCAAAUAAAUUUAUUUUUGAUGGAAA